CUACACGCUCCAUCUGCCGCCGUAGUCCACCGCGUGAUCCACUUACAUACUUGUCUGCUAAAUGACCGAGGCAAUUAUCGCCACCGACACCAGUCGACGUCCUCAUUCCGGCGGCCACGGAGCUGCGCGUGAACCGGUUGAGCCCGUCGUCACGUCCUCUCGACGAAUUCGUCGCUCUCCGCUCGUUGUAGACGACAACUCCAGCGUCACGUCACACUCGUCAUACCACAUCGCACAGUCGCCAACCGAUCGACCAAUAUGGCUGGAAAUGAAGCGGAGACACCAGGCCAACAUGGAAGAAUUACACGGCAAACUCGCAGAUGUACCAAAACACUGGCUUUUCAUCCGGUUUCUCAACAAUUCCUUCUUCGCGCGUCGACUUAUGCGGUCCGGUAUGCUGCUAUCCGCCGGUUUAGCGGUUGGUGUCAUCUUCCACACUGCGUUCGUCGAUACGUGGCUAAACGAUAACAAGGACUCGGACGAAUACGACGACUGUAACUCGCUAGCGGCGUUCUCCUACCUCAUCUACCAGACGCUCCCGGCCGCCAUUAUCCUAUCGCUACCAGGGUCGGGUAUUCGAGCGUUUGAACCCUUUAAACGGAGCGCUUUAAACUCUCGAAAGCCCCUAAAUAAGAGUGAUGGUAGUGACAAUGACGAAACGUUAGAGGAAGAGCCUGAGUCUGUUAGUGUGGCCACUAUCCGACGCUGCUUCGUCUUCCAGCUAUGCGAGGUGUUGGCGGUGUUUAUGCUGUUCUUCGAUAUCGGACUGGUGCUGUAUUUCCUCUACGUAUUGUUUAUCGGCGCGCUUAACUCGUGCGGAAGUGUAGCCACCCAGAUAUUCACGAUAGGCGCUGCGUUCUGCUACUUUGGAUUAUUUACCGUAUUGUAUUAUUUCGCACGGUAUCGUGAGCAUAUCAAGAUGCAGUUAGGAGCGUUUGCAGAGAACGAUCAGACUGGAGACUUAAGGAAAUACGUGGAUUUACGGGCGGAUAAAAAGCUGGACUCGACCAAGAAGAUGUUGGAUGUUAUCCGUACGCGACUGUACCACGCCACAAGACGAGGAGAUGUGCAUGAAAUGCGAGAGAUUCUCGAGUACGCCAAGGAAAGAGGAUUGAUGAAAAGUGAGGUUGGAUUCCCUCGCAAAUUUUAUACGACUCCGAAAAUCCGAUGGAAGUUCUUUUCACGAUCGACCGAAAAUCCAGUGCAUAUUGCAGCAGGACUCGGGAAUAUCCGUGGGUUGGAGCUGUUGGAGGAGUACGGAUUCGACUUGACAGCGCUGGAUAAAGUACAACGCGUCGUUAUAUCCACUGGAGGAUUAUUCUGGCAUUUUAUCCAACUUAUAGUCAAGAGACCGGAGGGUAGCGACGCCGAAUCGGCCGACUCGAUCUUCCAUACAAGUCUCUUGACACCGCUACAUUGUGCAGUGGCAACGGGACAAUUGACUACAGUUCGCUGGUUAUUGGAACGAAGGGAUUCAUGA